CACAGAGCGGGGGUGGCCCGUCCUUAGCAGAGGCAACUCCCACAGGGGACGGGGCUACCCUUCCCCUCCUGCCUCUCCUCGACCGCGACCCGAGAACUGCCCAGGCUCAGUCUCCCACAGCCUCUGGGAGGGGAGCGGUGCUACCCGCUCGCGUCAUCUGAUGCUGUUUCCUGCAGGAGGGAGAAGAGCGGAAAAAAGUGAAACUCCACCCUCCACCUCUGCCUCCCGCCCCCGGGGCCAAAGUACAAAGGGAGGAGGAAGAAGGGAACGGGGGUUGGAGCCAUUGGGCCGAGGGAGCUGGGCCAGGAAGGGGCAGCCCGGCCCAAUUAGGGACACUCCAGCCACCCCUGCGCAAAAAGACCCAACCGGAGUCCAGGCGCUGCCCCUGGCUGGCUCCACCUUACACUUGGCGGGUGCUGGAACCAAGCUCCCAGGACUGCUCUGGGACUGAGGGACGUCGGGGCCCUUCUGAGCUGGCAAUGGUGAGACGCCAGAGACCUCGGGGUCCCACCCCGCGAGCCUGACCACACUGCCCUGGGUGGCCCUCCUCAGAAAGCCCGAGAUGCGGCGGGCCAGGAGGCGACACGCCUGGCUCCCCAGAGAGGCGUGGGUCUGGGGCUGAGGGCCAGGGCCCGGAUGCCCAGGUUCCGGGACUAGGGCCUCAGCAGCCAGAAGGGGUGGAGACCAAGGGCACCCAGGGAAGGUCCCCCACAAGCCCCAACGCCGGCUCCCAGCCAUGGAGCCCUUGAAGAACCUCUUCCUCAAGAGUCCACUGGGGUCAUGGAACGGCGGUGGCAGUGGGGGCAGCGGGGGCAGCAGCGGAGGCUGGCCAGAGGGGUCCCCGAAAGCAGCGGCUUAUGCCAACCCUGUGUGGACAGCCUUGUUCGACUACGAGCCCAAUGGGCAGGACGAGCUGGCCCUGCGGAAGGGUGACCGUGUGGAGGUGCUGUCCCGGGAUGCAGCUAUCUCAGGCGAUGAGGGCUGGUGGGCGGGCCAGGUAGGCGGCCAGGUAGGCAUCUUUCCGUCCAACUAUGUGUCUCGGGGCGGCCCGCCCCCCUGCGAGGUGGCCAGCUUCCAGGAGCUGCGGCUGGAGGAGGUGAUCGGCAUUGGUGGCUUCGGCAAGGUUUACCGUGGAAGCUGGCGAGGCGAGCUGGUGGCUGUGAAGGCAGCUCGACAGGACCCCGAUGAGGACAUCAGUGUGACCGCUGAGAGUGUGCGCCAGGAGGCCCGGCUUUUCGCCAUGCUGGCACACCCCAACAUCAUUGCCCUCAAGGCCGUGUGCCUCGAGGAGCCCAACCUGUGCCUGGUGAUGGAGUACGCAGCCGGCGGGCCCCUCAGCCGUGCCCUGGCGGGGCGGCGCGUGCCCCCCCACGUGCUGGUCAACUGGGCUGUGCAGAUUGCCCGUGGGAUGCACUACCUGCACUGUGAGGCCCUGGUGCCCGUCAUCCACCGAGACCUCAAGUCCAACAACAUUCUGCUGCUGCAGCCCAUUGAGGGUGACGACAUGGAGCACAAGACCCUGAAGAUUACUGACUUCGGCCUGGCCCGCGAGUGGCACAAAACCACACAAAUGAGUGCUGCGGGCACCUAUGCCUGGAUGGCUCCUGAGGUUAUCAAGGCCUCCACCUUCUCGAAGGGCAGCGAUGUCUGGAGCUUUGGGGUGCUGCUGUGGGAAUUGUUGACUGGGGAGGUGCCCUACCGUGGCAUCGACUGCCUUGCUGUGGCCUACGGAGUGGCUGUUAACAAGCUCACACUACCCAUCCCAUCCACCUGCCCCGAGCCCUUUGCACAGCUCAUGGCCGACUGCUGGGCGCAGGACCCCCAUCGCAGGCCCGACUUCGCCUCCAUCCUGCAGCAGUUGGAGGCACUGGAGGCGCAGGUUCUGCGGGAAAUGCCGCGGGACUCCUUCCAUUCCAUGCAGGAAGGCUGGAAGCGUGAGAUCCAAGGCCUUUUCGACGAGCUGCGGGCCAAGGAAAAGGAACUACUGAGCCGCGAGGAGGAGCUGACCCGCGCGGCGCGCGAGCAGCGAUCACAGGCAGAGCAGCUGCGGCGGCGCGAGCACCUGCUGGCUCAGUGGGAGCUGGAGGUGUUCGAGCGAGAGCUGACGCUACUGUUGCAGCAGGUGGACCGCGAGCGGCCGCACGUGCGCCGCCGCCGCGGCACCUUCAAGCGCAGCAAGCUCCGCGCGCGCGACGGCGGCGAGCGCAUCAGCAUGCCACUCGACUUCAAACACCGCAUCACUGUGCAGGCCUCUCCUGGCCUGGACCGGAGGAGGAACGUCUUCGAGGUCGGAGCUGGCGACUCGCCCACCUUUCCCCGGUUUCGGGCCAUCCAGUUGGAGCCUGCAGAACCGGGCCAGGCAUGGGGCCGCCAGUCCCCCCGACGUCAGGAGGACUCGAGCAAUGGAGAGCGUCGAGCAUGCUGGGCCUGGGGUCCCAGUUCCCCUAAGCCUGGGGAAGCCCAGAAUGGGAGGAGAAGGUCCCGCAUGGACGAAGCCACCUGGUACCUGGAUUCAGAUGAUUCAUCCCCCUUAGGAUCUCCUUCCACGCCCCCAACACUCAAUGGUAACCCGCCUCGGCCGAGCCCGGAGCCGGAGGACCCACGGCGGCCGGCCCCAGCCCCGGCGGAACGCGGCAGCAGUUCCGGGACGCCCAAGCUGAUCCAGCGCGCGCUACUGCGCGGCACCGCCCUGCUCGCCUCCCUGGGCCUCGGCCGUGACCUGCAGCCACCCGGGGGCCCGAGCCGCGAUCGUGGGGAGCCCCAACAAACGCCCUCGACGCCGCAGCCCACACCACCUCCCGUCCAGCCCCCCUCUCCGCUCCCCUCGCGGCUCCUCCGCUUUUCCUCCAAGACGCCAGACUCCCCCACCUCCCGGUUGAGCCCGGGCCCAUCCACCCCCGCACCUCUGCUGCUGGACCUGGGUGUCUCCGCCGGCCAGCCGUCAGCCAAGAGCCGCCGGCGCGAGGAGGAGAGGCUCGGAAGCACUGUGUCACCCCCACCGGGGAUAUCGCGCUCUGCUCCCGGCACCCCGGGCACCCCACGCUCACCGCCGCUGGGCCUCAUCAGCCGACCGCGGCCCUCGCCCCUUCGCAGCCGCAUCGACCCGUGGAGCUUCGUGUCAGCGGGGCCACGGCCUUCGCCCCUGCCCUCGCCACAGCCCGCGCCCCGCCGGGCACCCUGGACCUUGUUCCCAGACUCAGACCCCUUCUGGGACUCUCCACCUGCCAACCCCUUCCGGGGGGGGCCUCAGGACUGCAGGGCACAGACCAAAGACAUGGGUGCCCAGGCCCCAUGGAUGCCGGAGGCGGGGCCUUGAGGGGCCGGCUGCUGCCCCACACGCCAGCUGCCCAGAGGAGCCGCCACAUACACUGGAACAGGAGCCGGGCGAGCCCCUGUGGCUGCCUCGGUUUCCCCCAGGGACCCCACCCCCUCUGGGGGUCAGGAACACUACACUGCACAGGAAGCCUUCACACUGGAUGGGGGGGACUGCACCCCCCACACACCUGCAACCUGUGGGUCCCCCAACUUACCUGCCCCACCGGGCCUGACACUGUAUCCAGCUGGUUGGGAGGACCAUAGCCUGUCUCAGGGAAUUGCCCCCAAGGGUAGUGCAGGGAGGAGGGGAGGUGCAAGGGAGAGGGGCCGGCCUCAGCUGUCACCAGCACUUUUGACCAAGUCCUGCUACUGUGGCCCCUGCUCCAGGGCUUAGUGCCUGGACCCCGCCCCCCCGCCCUGGGGGUCAUCUGGGGCCGGGGUUCUCUGGGUGCCUUCCUGCUGCCCCGGCCAGGUCUGGGGCCUCGGCCUCAGGAUCCAAUGAAGCCAAAUAAACUCC